CACCGCCAUAAUGCCACUCCCCAAGCGACAAACCAUUCCCGUGAAGAGCGCAAAAGCCGAGAAGUCUGCGAAGCCUUCAAAGCCUGCAGGCUCAGGCGACUCUCGCUUUGCCAACUUCGAGAGCGACGCUCGAUUCAGGCUCCCGUCGAAGAAGCACACUAAGACCAAGCUCGAUCCUCGAUUCUCGCGGCUACGGAGCGACCCAGACUUCUACAAUAAGGCGACGGUAGACAAAUAUGGUCGAAAGAUCUCCAAGGAUGCUGGGAAGAAGGCUCUUGAGAGGCAGUACGAAGAGAGUGACGAUGAGGAACCUGAAAACCUUCAGGCUGAGAAGCGGGACAAGUCAGUAUUGAAGGAGCUGGAGAGAGUGCAAAAAGAGGGAUACGACCCUAUUCGCGACGGUGGACUCGAGAGUUCAUCGGAUGAGAGUUCUAGUGACGAGGAAGAGGAGGAGGUUGAGGAGCAAGUGGAGUUAGCUGGUGACGACAAUGAGGUGCCUACUGGAGAAAUUUCUUCGCGGUUAGCGGCAGUCAAUAUGGACUGGGACAACAUUCGUGCGAGCGAUAUAAUGGCUGUCGCAAACUCAUUUGUACCAGCAGACGGGCGCAUUAUGAAUGUGGUCAUCUAUCCCAGUGAGUUCGGCAUGGAGCGCAUGCAGCGUGAGGAGAUCGAAGGACCGCCACGAGAAAUUUUCGCAUCCACCGCGAACAAGAACGAAGAUAGCAUCACAACACUAAACGACGAUUCGGAUGCGUCCGAUGUCGAAGACGACGAACAAGUUGAGGACUUGCAGCAAGGCGAAAACGGCGAAGAAUUCGACUCGACGAAGUUGCGAAGCUAUCAACUCGAUCGUUUGCGCUACUACUACGCAGUCAUUACCUGCUCCUCGGCGACCGUGGCCAAGUCUAUCUAUGACAACCUAGACGGGCGGGAGUACUUGACCAGUGCCAACUUCUUCGACCUCCGAUUCGUACCAGAUGGCACCGAGUUCGACCAGGAUCCCAAUGACGAAUGCACAAAGCUGCCGGACGGCUACAAGCCAAAUGAGUUCACCACAGAUGCACUCACGCACUCGAAAGUCAAGCUGACUUGGGAUGCCGAGGACACAACACGGAAGGAAGUACAGAAGCGCGCAUUCUCAAGGAAAGAGAUUGACGAGAAUGAGCUUAAAGCAUACCUCGGUAGCGACUCAGAAUCGUCUGAGGAUGAAGAGGAGGUAGCUAAGACGGACAAGGCUGCCAGCCUACGAGCAGCUCUAGGUCUUGAGGCUCCCAGCAAAUCGUCGAAGUCAAAGACAAAGUCUUCUUCGAAACGGGACCGUGACUUCCCCAAGCCUGACGGAGAGAUGCAGAUUACCUUUUCUGGAGGUUUAUUGGGCGAGGGCAAGGGUGGCUCGGUCUUUGAGAACGAGAUCCCGCUCAACGAGACUACGAUCGAGAAGCACAUCCGCAAGGAGAAGGAGAGGAAAGCUAAGCGCAAAGAGAGGAUGAAGGCGAAGAGAGAGGGACGUGACCCUGACGCUGAAGUUGAGGAAGUUGCAACAGCCGCGGCAGGCGACGAUCCGUUCAACGACCCCUUUUUCGCCUCUGACGGCGAAGACGUCGAGAAGGCAGAACGGAAGGCAGAGAACAGGUCGAAGCGAGCGAAGAAGCGCGAAGAGAAGGAAGCAGAAGAGGCCGUCAAUGCAGCGGAACGUGCUAAGCUUGAGCUGCUCAUGGCUGACGACGAGGACAACAAGAUCCGGCACUUCAACAUGAAUGAGAUCGAGAAGGCUGAAAAGGCGAAGAAGAAAGGCAAAAAGGGCAAGAGAAAUACUCCGAUCGUGGAGGACAACUUCAAGAUCGAUACAAGUGAUCCUCGUUUUGCGAAGCUGUACGAGAGCCACGAAUUUGCUAUCGAUCCAACAAAUCCAAGGUUCAAGGAGACAUCUGGUAUGAAGGCUCUGCUUGAAGAGGGCCGUAAGAAGAGGAAGCAGGGGAGAGAAGGCGACGAGCCUGAGAGACAGCCUAAGAAGUCGAAGAAGGUCGACGAAAGUGGUGAUGUGGAUAUCAAGAAGCUGGCUGCACGCGUCAAGGCGAAGAGCAAGCCGAUAUAG